AAUGGCACAAGAAUCUAAUUAUGGUGAUGUAAAUAAGAUUUAAAUUCUUAGAUUAUACUUUUAUGUGGAGAUUUGCAUAUUGGUACAAGAAUGUAGAAAAUUCAUGAGAAAAUUGUAAGUGCUUUAGGAGUAAAUAAAUUAUAACAUGUACUUUGUACAGGAAAUGUUGGAAAUAAAGAGACUUUUGAUUGGUUAAAGUAAAUUUCACCAAAUUUUCAUUGUGUUCGAGGCUAAUAUGAUGAUGUAGACUUCCUAUUUGAUAUUAGGAAAACAAUGAAAUCCAUAAUGAUCAAAAAGUAAUUCAAAUAGGAAUAUGGAAAAUUUUAUUGAUUCAUGGACAUUAAUUUGUACCUUGGAAUGAUGAAGAAACAAUUAGUGUAUUUUUAAAAGAAAAUUCAUGUGAUAUUGCGGUCUUUGGAAAUUCUCAUCAAUCUUUAAUAAGCAAAUUUGAAAGGAAAUAUUUUAUAAAUCCUGGAACAAUGAGUGGAGCUUAUGGAUCAAUUAAAUAGUUAAUUAAUUAUUUAUUAUUAGAGAUGCAAUAAUUUAACCUGAAUUUGUUAUUUUAGAAUGUUUAGGUGAUGAAAUGGGAGUUUAUAAAUACAAAUUAAUAAAUGGAGAAUUAAUAAUAGAAAAAUGCACAAUUACAAAAUGA